AGCAGCAUAGUCAGAGUCCGGGGACUGGGGACGCUCCAGCUACACACAGCAGCCUUUCACCUCCAACCCUCAGCCUCUCCUUCAUUGGGCGAUCUCAACCAAUUGCAACAUUUUCCCCAUAACCCUUGCGCACGUUGUCAUUGCGAAUAGUUUAAAGAAGGCCGAGGAGCAAUUAGGACUUUGCAAUAUCUGUACAAAGGUACAGAGAGAGAGAGAAAGACUCUGGGACCUGAAGCUGUUUUCUAAUUUUCAGUUUCAGAGCCAUGGCUCGGGACUUGCACUCUUUCUGGGAGUGGGGCAGGAAAAUUGUCUGCGUUGGCAGGAAUUACGCCGAACACGCUCGGGAAUUGGGGAACCCCGUACCCGGAGCCGAGCCGCUGCUCUUCCUGAAGCCGGUCAGUGCCUACCUAAGACCGGGAUCUGCGAUCCGGCCACCCCGCUAUAGCCGCCAGGUGCAGCCGGAGGUAGAGCUGGGGUUGGUGCUGGCUAAGGGCGGCAGCUCUAUCCCGCAGGAAGAAGCUAUGAGCUACCUGGGAGGUUACGCGCUUUGCCUGGACGUGACAGCUCGGGACACCCAGGAGGAGUGCAAGAGAAAAGGUCACCCUUGGACUCUGGCCAAAGCCUUCGACUGCUCUUGUCCAGUGAGCGACUUCAUCCCCAAGGACAGGAUCCCUGAGCCACACCGCCUGACUCUCUGGCUCAAGGUCAAUGGGCAGCUCAGGCAGCAGGGACACACCUCCCAGAUGAUAUUCCCCAUCCCCUAUCUCAUCAGUUAUAUCAGUGGGAUUAUGAAACUGGAAGAAGGGGACCUGGUCCUCACGGGGACACCGGCAGGAGUGUCUGAUGUGCAGGAACAUGAUGAACUGCAAGCUGGCAUUGAUGACCUGAUCACUAUGAAGUUCAAAGUGGAAAGCAAUUAAUUUUAUUGCAGAAUUAAUUAUUUGUAUUAUUAUUUUCUGUACAAUAGCAGCGUGGAAUUCUGUCUGUCAAUUGCUGAACAAUACGAAUUACUUGAUUUCUAUUGAGAUAGGUACAUUUCUAUUUGGCUUACCUUCUCUGGACCAUAAACAAUGUAAUCUGUGACCUGAUAUUAAAUCAUUCCUUACAUUACCAGUGACUACACUACUAGUGCCACAAGUAAAAUUAUUUUUAAUCAAUCUAUUUGUGGAUAUUAUUGACACACUUUUAGUUGUAGGUAGGAGUUGAAUGCAGACCUUCUGCCUCAGAUAGGAUCACAAGAGCACCCUCCACAGAUAUAAAUUGAUAUUUCAUGGCAGAUUGCUUUGUGCUACAUGGCUGCUGUAUUGUAACAUUACUUAAAAAAAAGUUUAGUGCUUUGGGAUAUCUUGAAAGUAGUUAUUACAAUUUAAAUGUAACUUCCUUCAUCUCACAUUAUUCCUAUUUCAACAACCACUUGCAACAAACUAGGACUUAAUUCUAAAGUUAUGUUGCUCAAAAUUAUCUUUCUCAAUCUAACUUGUGUCAAGAUAAGAAUCUAUAAUUGUAUAGGACAUGUCAGGUGUUUUUCAGAAUUCAAUUGGAUGUAUGUUGAUAAUUUUAUAUGUCCACCACUAUACUAAAAUUUCAGUGACAAUACUAACUUAGAGGAAUCACUGUCAGCUGACUCAUAAAUUCUGAUUUUUAAACACAUUUUGUACUGUGGGUGACCAUCAAAUCCUUUGAAUAAUUGGUUUUGUGAUUUAGGAGUUUUCAUAAUUUUUGUCUCAGUAUAAUUUUUAGAAAAUUGAUCUUUCAUGUGAUGCAGAUGUAACUGGCGAGGUCAGCAUUUG